AUUAACAAAAAUAGAAAGUGCUUGAGAUAUUCAUAAAAAGAAAGUUUUUAUCAUAUAGGCAUAGCUAGUGAGUGAAUUAAUUAUACCCUUUGAAGAAGAAAAAUGACAUCCCACGACCAAAGCUACAGAGCUGGUGAAGCUAAGGGCAGAACUGAGGAAAAGACCAACCAAAUGAUUGGCAACAUAGAAGAUAAGGCCCAAGCUGCAAAGGAAAAAGCCCAGCAAGCAGCCCAAACCGCCAAAGACAAAACCAGUCAGACAGCCCAAGCUGCAAAGGAAAAGACCCAACAAACAGCCCAAGCAGCAAAGGAUAAGACCCAACAGACAACCCAGGCAACAAAAGAAAAAGCCCAAGACACAACUGGUCGAGCAAAAGAAAAGGGGUCAGAAAUGGGCCAGUCCACUAAGGAAACGGCCCAAUCAGGAAAAGACAAUUCAGCUGGGUUUUUGCAGCAGACUGGAGAAAAGGUUAAGGGUAUGGCCCAAGGUGCAACUGAUGCUGUAAAACAAACCUUUGGAAUGGCAAAUGAUGAUAAAGACAAAGAUCAUUUCCCAACCAAUCGUCACUGAGAUUAUUAGUUAUAUUAAUUAUGCUAUAUUUCAAUAAUGUUGUGAUUUGUUUUUCUUGAAUUUGGCUUUUUAGCAAACGCACUUUUUUUUAAAAAUAAGUUGCGUUUCCCUCAUAUCUAGAAGUGAGAGGGAAAUGUAUAAUUAUGUAUUAUGUACUAUUAUCUAUUUUGUAGUUUGAAGUUUGAACCUUGUUGUAAUAA